AUGUCUGGUACUGCGACUACGAAGUUACCGCAGUCGGCUGCGUCGCUGUCUGCGUAUUCGGAAUCGGAUAUACCGAUAUACACUACUGUUGCUUCGUACAGGGAAUGGAGACGGAAGGCGUUUAUGGAGAAUAGGUCGGUUGGAUUCGUUCCUACGAUGGGUGCUUUACAUGAAGGACAUUUAGAUCUUGUCCGCAAAUCCCUCGUCGAAAACGACCUAACUGUCCUCUCCAUAUUCGUCAACCCCGCUCAGUUCUCUCCACAUGAAGAUCUCGAGACGUAUCCCCGUACGCUGGAACAUGAUCUAAAGCUUCUUGCUCAACAACAACACCUCGUCGUGUCGAACACACCGAACACCCACUCGACCUCGACGAUAACCGGGCAACCGACCCAUAUCAGACGACCCUCCGCUGUGUUUUUGCCUAGCGUCUCCGAGAUGUAUCCUCAUGGUAUAUCGCAAGACGCCAGUCUACAACGUGGGACGUUCGUCGAAGUCAAAGGCUACGCCGACGAGCAAAUGGAGGGGAAGAGCAGACCGGGUUUCUUCCGCGGAGUAGCGACGGUGGUUACGAAGCUGUUUAAUGUAAUUCAGCCAACGAACGCCUAUUUCGGUCAAAAAGAUAUCCAACAAGCCCUCCUCCUACGACGCAUGGUCACAGACCUCCUCCUCUCCCAUCCCUCUGCACAGAAUCUCCACAUCGUGCCUACAGCCCGCGAUCCCCUCGACAACCUCGCUCUGUCCUCCCGGAACGCAUAUCUAUCCCCUUCCGGACGCAAAGUCGCUCCGACACUGUAUAACGCGCUCAAGGCCGCAGAACACUGCUGGUUCCUCGAGGGGAAGAGCAAGAAGGAGUGUGUGGAUGCUGCUCGGGAAGUAAUACACCGUGUUCGAAAUACGGAAAUGGGUACUUUGGAUGGGGGAGGGAUGGAGGUGGAGAUAAAGCUUGAUUAUAUAGAGAUGAACGAUGCUGAAGACUUCGAAGUCUUGGAGGAUGAAGUCACACUACAGUCUAGGGGAGAGGACGCGUCUACGGUCAUUUUGAGCGGAGCAAUGUGGGUUAAUGGGACGAGGUUGAUAGAUAAUUUGUUGUUGGGUGAUCUUGGUCACCGUAAAUAA